AUGAAUCACAUCUUCCUAAUCGGCCAGAUCAUUGGCAUCUUCUCAGUUUCCGCCGUUUUGAUCUUUCUCCUCGCCAAGCUGGUUUGCCGCCAACCCGUCAUCGUGCCGGACGGUCACGGCUACGCGGUGCUGAUAACGGGCUGCGACAGCGGCUUUGGGCACCAGCUGGCUCGAUGUUUGGACCACAAAGGGUUCGUGGUUUUUGCGGGGUGUUUGUGUCCAGAAGGAGCCGGAGCCCUGAGCCUGCAGAGUCAGAGCUCCAGGAACCUGAAGAUCCUCAAACUGGACGUGACCAGCGACCACGACGUGCAGCAGGCGAAGAAGACCGUGCAGGAGAACCUACCGGAGAGAGGUGAGAGUCGGGCGGGGAGAGGGGGUCAGGAGGGCUCGGGUUCGAGUUCAGGAGAGUUAAAACUCUAACAGGUCUCUUCUUCUCUUUCUGCAUGCUGACUUUCCUUUUUAUGAAGUAGGUCAUAAGUUUUUAUUUUCCUUUUUGGCAGCUGUAGGCUUCCGUAGUUCAUGCUAAAGAUAAAACUUUUACAGCCUCUCAUUCCUCUCCUUUAACGUGUUUGUUUUUGUGUCGGACGUUAAACUCGUGACGAUCCUUCAGCUCUGAAAUACAUCAGAUUUAUUAACCACAGUCGAACCCGUCUCCAGGUCUGUGGGCCGUGGUGAACAACGCCGGUAUCUCCGACUGGGCUGAGAUCGAGUGGAGCACCAUCGAGGAUUUCCACAACAUGGUGGACAUCAACCUCUUCGGCAGCAUCAGGACCUCCAUCGCCUUCCUCCCUCUGGUCCGCGCUGCUAAAGGUCAGCUCAGGGGUCCGCCUCAGUCACCUCAUGUCCUUCACUCAUUUCAAGGUCACGGGUUCAAAUCUGGUGUCUUCACCUCUGCAGGUCGGAUGGUCUUCAUGUCGAGCAUCUUCUCCUUCUUUUACUGCCUGAACAUGGGGGCCUACAGCGUGUCCAAGAGAGGAGUGGAGGCGUUCGCAGACUGCCUCAGGGUGGAGAUGGCCAGUUUCGGAGUGAAGGUACGUCAAAGAAAGACCACUGGGGGGCAGUAAAACCCUGACAGAAAGUUCCCUACAGGAGCUUUAAUGUUUUCAUGUUGACAGGCUGAUUUAGAGAGCAGCUCUGAUUCUCUUACGUCCUCUGAUGGCGAAGCUUCGUUCUGAUGUGACCUUCUCUCUGUGACUUUCAGGUGAGCAUCAUCCAGCCCGGGAACUUCGGCCGCGCCACCAACAUCGUGAAGAUGAAAACCGCCUACGACAUCUGGGAGAAACUGGACGACGAUCGAAAACAAAGGUUCAACCAGCAGUACAUCAAACUCGCCAACGAGUACUUCCUGUCCACCACGAAGAGCGGCUUCAAGGAUGCCGACCUGGUCAUCAACGCCAUGCUGCACGCCGUCACGGCGGCUAAUCCCAAGCACAGAUACCUGCUGGCGUCCUCUAUGGAUAUGUGCUUCUUUAAGCUCCUCCCCUUCCUCCCCACCACCCUCACCGACGCCGUGUUCACGCUCAGCUCCAUGUACAACAAAAGGAAAGAGAUGCUCUACGCCAAGUAG